AUGGAUGGAGAAGCGCAUGGCUCCCCCAGUGUCCGUCUGGGCCCCUGUUCAGCCACUUUGCAGUUCCCCUUGACAGCUGAGGCCCUUUGUGAUCUGAUUCACAGUGAGAUGGUGGCAUUUGAAGACCUGGUGGUGUAUUUCACCUUGGAGGAAUGGCAGACCAUGACCCCUGCACAGAAGAUCCUGUACAGGGAGGUGAUGCUGGAGAUCUACAGCAGCCUGCUCUCCUUGGGGUACUGCGUUACCAAACCUGAGCUGAUCUUCAAGUUGGAGCAAGGAGGAGAGCCAUGGAUAUUGGACGAAGACCUACAUCAGAGCCUUCCAGUUACCAUGAGAAGGGAUUGCCUAAUUAUGAACAACCAGGAAAACAAAGGCAAAAAUUUAAAUCAGGAUGUUAUAAAAUACAACAGGACAUCAACUCCGAAAAGUGUUGAAUUAAGAAAAACACUUAAUUCAAGUUCAAGCCAUAUGACAAAACUGAAGGGAAACUAUUCAGGAAUGAAACCUGUGCAAUGCAAUGUAUUUAAAAGUGUGCGUCUGCCCAGUGGAGCUGAUGAACUUGAAGCUGGAGGGAAAUUUGAUGCCAUUAAAGUACCUGGGAUCUCUCUCCAGUGCUGGGACCGUCUUAGUCAGCAGCACAAGAUUCCAUCUGUGAAGCAGACUUUGGAACAUAAUGAAGGGAAAGCCUUCAAUAGUAUGGAGAAAUUUUGUACAUCUGAGAAGGUUCAUAUGCUAGAGACCUGUAAUAAAUCGUCUGUCACUGUUGGAAAGGCAACUCAAAUAGAAAACAAAUUCCAUAAAAAUUCUAACCUCAGUAAGCACCAACACACCCACAAAAGAGAAAAACUUUGUGAGCAUAUUAGGUCUGGAGCAUCUGUCACUGACCAAUCACAUCUUGCAAUAAAUCAGAGACAACAAAAAGGGACAAAAUCCUAUGCGUGUAAACUUUAUGGAAAAUCAUUAAGUUGUAAAUCCUGCCAUUCCAUCCAUCACAGUGCUCACAUACAAGAAAACUUGCGUGUGAGUAAUGAAUGUGUCAAAACCACUUACCAGAAGUCAGAUCUCAUUAGACAUCAGAAAACUCACAGGCGGAGUAAACCUAAUGAAUGUAAUGAGUGUGGAAAAACCUUUCUCCAAAAAUCAGACCUUAUAAGACAUCAGAGAAUUCACUCAGGAGAGACACAUGAAUGUAUUGACUGUGGAAAAGCCUUUUCCCAGAAAACACCCCUCAUGGCACAUCAGAGAAUUCACAGAAGAGAGAAACCGCAUGAAUGUAACGACUGUGGAAAAACCUUUGGCUAUAAGUCACACCUCAGGGCACAUCAGAGAAUUCACACCGGAGAGAAACCUCAUGAAUGUACUGACUGUGGAAAAGCAUAUUCCCAGAAAUCACACCUCAUAGCACAUCAGAGAAGUCACACGGGAGAGAAACCUUAUAAAUGUAACGACUGUGGAAAAGCCUUUAGCUGUAAGUCAUAUCUCAUCGCACACCAGAGAAUUCACACAGGAGAGAAACCUUAUGAAUGUAAAGACUGUGGAAAAGCCUUUUCCCAGAGAUCAUACCUCAUAACACAUAAGAGAGUUCACACAAAAGAGAGACCCCAUGAAUGUAAUGACUGUGGAAAAGCCUUUGGCCAUAAGUCACACCUCAUCGCACACCAGAGAAUUCACACUGGAGAGAAACCUCAUGAAUGUACUGACUGUGGAAAAGCCUUUUCCCAGAAAUCACACCUCAUAGGACAUAAGAGAGUUCACACUGGAGAGAAACCUCAUGAAUGUAACGACUGUGGAAAAGCCUUUGGCUAUAAGUCACACCUCAUUGCACACCAGAGAAUCCACACAGGAGAGAAACCUCAUGAAUGUAAUGACUGUGGAAAAGCCUUUGCCCAGAAAUCACACCUCAUCAUACAUCAGAGAAUUCACACGGGGAUAAACGUCAUGGAUGUAAUGACUGUGGAAAAGCCUUUUUGCCAUAAUUCAUACCUCAUAGCACACCAGAGAGCACAUGCUGUCUUGCAGCUGUGA